AUGAAACCUCUGCUCGUUCCAGCUGUUUUGGUUGCUCUGAUGCAGCUUGUUCAGGGCUUCCCCGUCUGGCACCACACAGGCUGGCUGCGAUUGCUCAGAGAAGGGGACAGCUGUGGCAAGUGCGAGCCAGAACUGUGUGCCGUGCCGACCGACUGUCGUGCCGGAACCGUGUUCGACCCUUGCGGGUGCUGUCCCGAGUGUGCAAACUCGGAAGGACAAAUCUGUGACCUGGACGCGAGGAGCAAUUUCUACGGCCUCUGCGGAGACAACCUGGAGUGCCGGCUAGAUGCUGAAGACAUCAAAUUUGGAGAAAUCCCAGAACCGCAGUGCGUGUGCACAUCUCAGGGAAGCGUUUGCGGACCUGAAGGGAGGACCUAUGAGAACAUCUGCCAGUUCCAUGAAGCUUCUGCUGAAGGGAAGACAAAUGGGAGCAUAAAACACAAAGGACCCUGUGAAUCAGCUCCUUUUAUUUCUUUGCCACCUCGUGAUAUCCAGAAUUUCACAGGAAACGACAUCAUUUUUGGUUGCGAGGUGUCUGCGUACCCCAUGCCACACCUUGAGUGGAAGAAGAAAGGACACAAAAUGUUUUUGCCAGGAGACGAUGCUCACAUUUCAAUUCAGGCACGAGGUGGACCCCGAAAAUACAGCAUAACUGGAUGGUUACAAAUUCACGCAAUCAAGAAGUCGGAUGAAGGGGUCUACAUAUGUCAAACAAAAAACAAACAUGGCUUUGCCUAUUCAUCUGCUAGGCUGGAAGUUAUUGAUGAUUCACACCCAGCAUUUCAGAAAUCUACUGGCAGCCAGACGACCUCCAGAAGUACAGGUUAUGAAGACUAUUUUGACCCUUCUGAAGACGAGGAGUCAGAAUAUGAAUCUGGAGACUAUGAAAAAUGAAACAUGGUCUGUGUCAGGGGAUCUUUGUGUCCAGCCCUGGACUCUAUCCUCUGUUUUUACUUGCACAACCUCACAAGUCACAACAAAUGUUCAUCUCAAAUUCCAGAACUCAUAAGUAUUUUGUAUUUUUUGUGGGCUCGAUCACAUUUUUCUGUAAAUUACCAAAAGAAAACAGAGGAAACUGUGUUCACCACCAUUUCUAAUUCUGUCAGUAGCCAUUUCUGUUCUUUAUUUUGUACUCACUGUACUAGUUAGGAGGACAUUUUUCCUAGGGUGCAUAUUAUAUAAAUGAAAUUCCUUGUUACUAGUUCUAGAUUAAGCAUAUUUUUGUUAAAGGAUCAUCCUGGUCCUUUUGCAUUAAAAAAAACCAAAGGCCAUAUUAAGGGGGAAUGAAAUACCACUUCUUUUGAUGUUCUGAAAAAUCAAGGACUCAAUUGGACGGGAGACAAAAGAAGGACAAUUCAGACCCACACAUAUUUUUGGAGAUGGAUCCCAAGUUGCACAUACACACAUUACUAGGCCAAGAGGGAAUGGCAUGUCAGCCCGCGUGAUUAGCUUCAGUGAGAUGUUUAGAGAAGAUGAAGGGCAAAUGUGGAUCCACUGAACAUCCACUCAGUAUUUUACCAUGAAUUGUACUGUUGACAAUUGAAUUGUUGGAUUGUCUUUUAAUCCUUUAGCCUUCUCACUAUACCUUAUAGUGCUGUUUAUCUAACUCUUCCAAUUUUGUUCUCUGUCUGCUUUGUCCCCAUCAUCAUCAUCAUCAUCAUCAUCAUCAUCAUCAUCAUCAUCAUCAUCAUCAUCAUCAUCAUCAUCAUCAUCAUCAUCAUC